AAUAAUUACUUUGCAUAAUAGGACAUGUACCAGGUAGGCCUCAAGGGGGCCGCCAUGGCAUGGUGUUUGCCUUCAGAGCAGCAAUUCAGUCUUCACCAGUCACUGCUCACCCUCCACCUACUUCUACUCUAGCACCCACGCUCAUUAUAGGCAAUGCACCAAUAGUUCCAGGUUCGCCAAAGUCUGUGACAACAACUGUUACAAGUCCAGUGAUAGAAAAAUCUACAGUAUCUACAUCUAUUACAACUAUUACUACAAUGACUACUCCUACUCUUACUUUUACUGGAACAACAACAACAACUACUGCUACUGUUACUACUGUUACUACUGUUACAAAAACUUCUUCUGCGCCUACUACACCUACUCAGCCUGUUGUUAAACUUGUUAAAUUACCUGCCUCUAAUGUAGCUACAUCUUGUGAUAUCACAAAUAAUCAAGAACAAAUAGUAGAAAAAGCAAAACAGGAGGCAUACGUUAUGCAAAGGAUUGCAGAAUUACAACGGGAAGGAUUAUGGUCAGAAAGAAGGUUGCCUAAGGUGCAAGAACCACCUCGUACAAAAGCUCAUUGGGAUUAUUUAUUGGAAGAAAUGGUUUGGUUAGCUGCUGACUUCGCUCAAGAACGAAAAUGGAAGAAAGCUGCAGCAAAGAAGUGUGCGCGUAUGGUACAGAAAUAUUUCCAAGAAAAAGCAAUCCAAGCACAAAAAGCUGAAAAAUCACAAGAACUUAGGUUAAAGAAAAUUGCUAGCUUUAUUGCUAAAGAAAUCAAAACUUUCUGGACAAAUGUGGAAAAGUUGGUGGAAUAUAAGCAACAAACGAGGCUUGAAGAAAAGAGAAAGCAGGCAUUAGAUCAACAUUUAAAUUUUAUUGUGGGUCAAACAGAGAAAUAUUCAACCUGGUUAACUGAAGGACUUAAUAAAACUGAUGGUCCUCAAAGUAUAUCAGCCUCUAUGAAUAGCUCACGUAUUUCUUCUCCAGUACCACCUGGGAAAUCUCAUUCUGAUGAGGAUUUUCAACCAAACCAAAGUUCAGAUGAUGAUGAAGAAACUAUAGCAAAAGCUGAAGAAGAAUUAAAGUCUGUGACAAAUCAUAAAGAAGAAGUUGAAUUGUUGAAAAAAGAGUCAGAACUGCCCUUAGAAGAUCUUCUUAAAGAACUACCACCUGACUACUUAGAAAAUAGAAAUAAAAGUCUGUCACCUGCAUCAAAAGAAGUAGAAGAAGAGAACGAAAAGCCAACAGAUGGAGAUACGGAUUUUGUUGCUGCAUCAGAUGAAUCUUCCGAUGAGGAGGAAACUAUUACGGAACAAGAAAAAUUGGAAGAAAAUACGGAUUAUAAACAAGAAUUAGACGAUCUUAAAGCUGAAAAUGAAAUGUCCAUUGAUGAACUCAUGUCCAAAUAUGGUAACAUGUCAGAUGUGCCAAUGGAUGUUGAACAAGAACCUGUUCAAGAGUCGGAUAAAGAAAGCAUAAAAGAAGAAGAAAAUCAAGAGAAUGAUGAGGAAUUUACAAGUAAUGAAAGUGAAAGUGAAGAAAGUGACAAUGAAAUUGGAGAAGAGGAGUCUCAAACACAAACUGAUAAUGAAACUGAUAUUGGACUAAAAUCUCUAUUGGAAGAUGUAUCUAUGGAAAAAUCAUCAGACGAUAAAACUGCAGAAAUGGAUCAUUCAGAUGCUCACAAUGAAAUGGAUAACGUAGCGGCAUUGGCAGAAAGUAUCCAACCUAAAGGAAAUACUUUACUUACUACUAGUGUUGUUACAAAAAUUCCAUUUCUUCUGAAACAUCCUCUUCGAGAAUAUCAACAUAUAGGAUUGGACUGGCUUGUCACUAUGUAUGAUAGGAAAUUAAAUGGUAUUUUGGCAGAUGAAAUGGGUUUGGGUAAAACCAUACAAACGAUUGCGUUACUCGCGCAUUUAGCGUGUGAAAAAGGAAACUGGGGUCCUCAUCUCAUAAUAGUACCAACAUCUGUGAUGCUCAACUGGGAAAUGGAAUGUAAGAAAUGGUGUCCCGGAUUUAAAAUUUUGACGUAUUAUGGAACACAAAAAGAAAGGAAACAAAAAAGAACAGGUUGGACUAAACCUAAUGCUUUUCAUAUUUGCAUAACAUCAUAUAAAUUGGUUAUACAGGACCAUCAAAGUUUUAGAAGAAAAAAGUGGAAGUAUCUUAUAUUGGACGAAGCUCAAAAUAUAAAAAAUUUCAAAUCGCAAAGGUGGCAAUUAUUAUUGAAUUUUCAAACGCAACGACGAUUAUUACUUACUGGAACACCUCUUCAGAAUAAUUUGAUGGAAUUGUGGUCAUUAAUGCAUUUUUUAAUGCCAAAUGUAUUUCAGUCACAUAGAGAAUUUAAAGAAUGGUUUAGUAAUCCUGUUACUGGAAUGAUAGAAGGGAACAGCGAAUACAAUGAAAAUAUUAUUCGUCGUCUGCAUAAGGUUUUACGGCCUUUUUUAUUACGAAGAUUAAAAACAGAAGUAGAAAAACAAUUGCCCAAAAAAUAUGAGCAUGUACUAAUGUGCCGUUUGUCAAAACGACAGCGAUACCUUUAUGAUGAUUUUAUGUCAAGAGCAAAAACAAAGGAGACUCUAGCUAGUGGCAAUUUAUUAAGUGUCAUUAAUGUAUUAAUGCAAUUAAGGAAAGUAUGCAAUCACCCAAAUUUAUUUGAAGUGAGACCUACUGUAUCACCAUUUCAAAUGGAAGCUAUUGAAUAUAUUACUGCUUCGUUAAUAUGGAGUGCUCUUGAUUAUGAUCCAUUUAAGCAUAUCGAUCUAUCUAGUAUUAAUCUUUUAUUGUGUGAUCUGGAAUUAACUCUUACUGCGUUUGUGGCGCAUAGAAUCAGACGAUUGCAAACAACACGAAAGCUUAUAGAAGAAAUAGAUACACAACCAGACCCAUCUCCGAGAUGUCCAUCUGGAAAGAUUAAAAUUAAUGUUAGGUUAUCUAAUCAAGUUAAACCGUUAUCCGUUCCACGGCAGACACAAACUAAACUAAAGAAUUUAGCUGGAAUAUUACCUACUCCAAAAGUUGGAACAUCUCCUUUAAUAAAAACUGCAAAUAAUCAAAGCACUCCAGGACAAGGUGUCACGUUAAAAGUAGCAAAUGGUCAACAGUUACAAGGAUAUUCUGUACAAUUAGUUCAACAUCAGGGUAGUGUAAAAGCAAUCCCUGUUGGAACACUAGCACAUAACCCACAAAGUACAACAGUGACACCAACUACAGCAGCAACGAAUGCACAGAGGAUUACAGUAGGGAAUACAAAUAUUAUAGAUGGACUGCAACGACUAGCAACGCAGACAGUUGCAGUUAAACAAGGUGAUUCCGUCCAAAGAAUAGCAAUGCCUAAUCUUGCACAAGUGGUUCAAACAUCUAUUGGUAGACAUAUCAUUCUGACUUCGACUCAACAAAGUACUAACACAGUUUCAUUUCCAGUAAUGACUCCAUGUGUGCCACGUUUGAAAGUUUUACCAAAAUCAUUAAUGGGCCUAUCUACCUCGGCAACUACAGUAAAUAAAGUUAUAGGAGGAGUGGUAACAACUACAAGUGGAACGAGUGGAAGACCUGUAAUGAGAGUACCGCCACUUAAUGUUACUACUCCUAAUGUUACUGCACAGUCUCCCGCUGGGAAUGGACAAUCUCAGCAAUCGAUUCGAUGUGGUAUUGUUACUAGACACGCACAAAAGGAAUCGGAAAAGGCACAAACAAAAGAACGUCCAAAAUCGGAAUUUUAUUUGCCACAAUUAGAAGAAGAACGGAAACAAAGAAGGCAAGCUAAACUUCGCCUGCUUGCAAAUAUUAAUGAAAGACGAUGUGCCGCGUGUCCUCUGUAUGGAGAAGAUUUGUUUACGGCGUUAAGAAUUGGCAAACCAUCUACAGCAUGUCGAUGGCACAAUGGUUGGGUUCAUUGUACAACUGCUAGAGACAGUGCACGUACACGAAGGCAAUUUUUUUCUCGCACAGAAGCACUUGCAGAGGCAAUUAAAAGUACAGAACAAAUUGUCGAAGAAUUGAAAGAAGUUUUUGAAAGAUUUGUUGUACACGUUCCUGCCGUGUGCGCUCCUACACCACGUUUUCACGUUUCUCAUCCACCUCCGCAUAAGUUAUACAACCAACGACGUAUGCAAAUGGAAUUACAACGGCAAUUAUCGCCAAAAUUGGCAUUGUUCCAUCCAGUAACUGGUGCAAUGAUGACACAAUUUCCGGAUCCGAGAUUGAUACAAUACGAUUGUGGAAAAUUACAAUCUUUACAUCAACUUCUUAGGAAGCUUAAAUCUGAGAACCAUAGAGUUUUAAUUUUUACACAAAUGACAAGAAUGUUGGAUGUAUUAGAAGCCUUUCUUAAUUUUCAUGGACACAUAUAUUUACGUUUGGAUGGUACUACUAAAGUAGAUCAACGACAGGUUUUGAUGGAAAGAUUUAAUGGAGACAAACGAAUAUUUUGUUUCAUCUUAUCAACGAGAUCUGGAGGUGUAGGUGUCAAUCUUACAGGAGCAGAUACUGUUAUAUUUUAUGAUAGUGACUGGAAUCCUACAAUGGAUGCCCAAGCACAAGAUAGGUGUCACAGAAUAGGUCAAACACGAGAUGUACAUAUCUACAGGUUAGUAAGUGAAAAAACUGUGGAAGAAAAUAUUCUGAAAAAAGCCAAUCAGAAGAGACUACUUGGAGACUUAGCUAUCGAAGGUGGUAAUUUUACAACCGCUUAUUUCAAAAGUUCUACGAUUCAAGAUCUAUUUAAUAUUGAUCAAUCGGAGAACGAUGCGACGACUCGUAUGGCUGAAGUAUUGGAUCAAAACAGAGAUCGAGAGAAAUUCUUGCAAAAGGAUAAUCAAAGUCAAACUGUAGACGACAAAGUAGCGAUGGGUGCAUUAGAAAGCGCUCUUGCUGCUGCUGAAGAAGAUCUUGAUGUCCAAGCUGCAAAGACUGCUAAAGCAGAAGCUGUUGCUGAUCUUGCGGAAUUUGACGAAAAUAUACCUUUAGAUGACGCAGAUAGGGAUGACAUGCAAGUUAGCAAGGCUGAGCUUGAAGUGCAAAACUUGGUAUCUCAGUUAACACCUAUAGAACGUUAUGCGAUGAAGUUUGUCGAAGAAUCAGAGGGUGCGUUUUCUGCGGCACAACUUGCAGCAGCUGAACGUGAACUUGAAGAACAGAAGAAAGAGUGGGAGUUAGAUCGGUUACGAGCGCUACGCGAGGAAGAAGAAAGACGAAUGCGGUUGGCUGAUGAUGACGAGAAACCUUUAACAUUUGGACGCGAGGAUGCGCAAAAUCAGGUUAAUAGUGCUAGUAAUUCUAAGAAAUUAGUCAAUAAGAAACUCCCACCGAAUAGGAGGAGGAAUUCGCGUAAGAAUAUUAGUAAAAGUGUUCAAGAAUCGGAAAGUGAAACUGAGACUACUACAGACUCAGAAUCGGAGUCACAAGAAGAUGUGGUAGAAGAUAGUCUUGACGAAGAAUCGAGUCACACAGAAAGUCAAAGUCAGGGUGAUGAAGACGAGGAGGAGGAGACACACGAUCAGAAUGACUCUGAAAAAGGCGGGUAUCCCAAACGUAAAAAUCGUACUAAUAAAUCGUUUAGUCAAAAUCACUUCGAUUUGAAUAGUCCGCGAACGAGAUCUAGGGGAAAUGUUAAAAUUAAUUUGUGGACACUGGACGUAAGUCCUAUCUUGCCUGGUAUAAAGCCGAAAUGCCGAGGUAGAGCCAGUAAUUUACGUAAACAGCGCGAGCUUGAAAUGAGAAUGAAAGCAGAGGAAAGUUUCAUUUUACCUUUGCCACCAAUUUCAAGUCCUAAGAAGUUAAAUAAUGCAAAUAUUUCGAAUAAAACUGAUGAAGAAGAUAAUAUUACAGAUCAAAAAGAUACGGUGAUAACACGUGAUUUAAAAUGUACUGAUCCUGAACAAAGAACAAUUCCGUCUGUUGAUAAAGACCAAUUUGAAGAUGUUGAAAAUUGUAAAGUAACUACAAAUCAUUGUCUCACUGAAACUUCUUCGUCAAAUUCUAAUUAUAACAAAACUGUCACAGAAGAGUCUAAUCCUGUCAUUUCUUUAGAUCAUCUAGAAACAGAAGCAUGUUCUCAAUCAGAUAAUUCAUCUGUCAUGUUGGAACAGUAUAAAAAUUCAAAAGAAGAUAUAGUUAAUAAUAAAGUCGAUAGUGAAGCAACGUCGGAGUUAACUGAGAAUAUUUCACCUUCAGUAUACCUUACAGGAUUAAAUUGUAACGAUGAUUCCGAAAAUUCUAAUACUGAUUUGAUUUCACAAAAUAGUAACUCUUAUUCAUCUACAACAGAAUCGAAUACAGUAAAAAGAGUUUCCGAUUCGAAAUGUACGAAAAGUUCUAUGACUUUAGAAAUAGACGAAGAAAUUAAUAUAUCGGAAAACUCAUUAAUUGCUCCCCUGAAGAAUAAAAUGAUCGUUCAAGAUGCAGAUGAAAGUACUGUUGAAUCUACAACAAAGAAAUUGCACGAUUCUCUUUGUAAGAGUAAAACAGUUUCAUCUAGUAUCGAUGAAUUAGAUAUGGAAUUAAAAGAAGAAUCGCUUUCUAACGCGGAAUCGAAGAUAUUAGAAGAUAAUGAUGUGAACGAACUCCAAGAUACAAAUGUUUCUGACGAUGAAUGUUGUGCAAAAAAUGAUGCGAGAGUACAGAGUCCUACUGAAAUAAAAGAAAACGUGAAUGUAGACGAAACUUUAACAAAUAAGAAGCAACAUAAUGAAAAUAUUUCAAAUUCAGAUUUAACAAACAAGUCUACUGAUAACGAACCCACUUCUGUGAUAGAAUCAACCUCUAGUCAGGAAUCUAAUAGCAGCAAACAAGAAGAAAACUGUACUAAAUUAGAGAAAUGUGUGCGCAAAGAAGAUGAUACAAAAAUUCAGACGACCUCAUCAAUACGAUGUAAUAAUCAUAGUUUUCCUUUUAAUACCUUCGGUUUAGACGAAUCAAAUGGAUUUGAAUCUAAUACAGAAAGUAAGGUAAAAUUUCGUAAACCAGAUACAACAUCUUGUGGCGUAACUACAAGAAGCGCGAAAGUAAACAUUACCAUAGAAACUCCUGAAAAUAAAAACUUGGAUACGCAAUCAUCCUCGAUAUUACUUAGUGAAUCAGGUGAAUCAAAAGAAAGUCAAGAAAGUGAAGGUUCCAAUUCAACUUCAAAUGUUUGUCGCAAAGAAGUUAAUAAAGUAACGCAGAUUCGAAGGCCCGACACGCCGCGACCAACGAUAGAACAUGGUAGGAUUACAAGAUCAAGUGCAACUCGUUCUUUAACACCUCCACUGAAAUCAGUGCAAAGAAGACGACCAGACACUCCUUUGCCAGAAUGUUUCAGAUCUUCGCCACGACCAGCAACAAGAUCUAUGUCGAAUUUCAGUUCACUGUUAAAAAAUGAAGAACAAAUGUCGCACGAAGUACCGUAUGAAAAACCCACAACACGUAGCUCCAAGUCUUUGGAUAAUGGUUUCUUGAAUCCAACUGUAUUUCGAAGGAGUAGUUCAAUACCACCGAUGAAAUCGACGCUUGAAUCGAAAGAUUCAGUAGGUGGUUCUGUAUCAACCAGGUCUAAAAAAAGUAGCGAAUCUACCAAUACGAGUACAAAUAUAGGUAAACGGCAAUCAGAUACAUCUGUUUCUAUUUCUGAACAAGGAUCGAGAGUCACUCGAUCUGGAUUAAAUUUUACGUUAAAUUCGGUGAAGAGUUCUAAUCAUGUGUCGAACAAAGGGAAUAAACACGUCCGGAAAAUAGAUUCUUCCGAUUCAAAAUUACAGGACGAUAAAGCUUCUGGUGUUUCGCCAGUAUCUGGAAAAGCGGAAACAUUCAAUACGGAUUCAAAUGGAAACGCAGUUGUAUCAGAAACACAUUCGAAGCAAGAUAAUUCAACGUUAUCCUCUUUCAAUGAAAUUAACGAGAGACCACAAAGGACUGCUAAAGUCGUUGCUAUUCUUACUCUGGAUACAAGGAGUAAUCAUACUAGUAAAGCUUCCAGCUCAGUUCACGCAAAAUCCUCCAAUUGCAAUUCGUCUGAUGCGAAAAAUAAUAAAAAAAACACCGAUUCUAAUUUCAAUUCCACGUCUGACUCGUCAGCGAAAAAUUGCGUUCUUCGAAUAUCGGAUGUUACUUCAAAUUGUAAAGUAGAUGGGUGGUGUGAUUCUGAACUAGACGCCGGUUCUCGAGAUCGUGUCUCCAAUGUAUUCUCCAAUGUAGCAAGUACUUACACCAAUUCCAAUAAAACAGGAAAGGCAUCGACGAUGAAUAAAAGCGCAUCAUUGAAUUCUAAGCUUAAAACAGAUAAAGUUCCAUUACCCGUACAAUCAACGGUGAUAGCAUUGGUUGACUUGGAUAAUGAUCCUAGUUACGACUCAUCCGAUGGAUCAAAAAGGUUGAGAAGGAAGAUUAAACGAACUCGGUUGUCAUCGUUUGCAAAACCGUUGAUAAGUGGAAAAACGAGUGAAUCGCAAAUAACCGAUGUAUUAGACAAUGAAGAACAAAUACCGCCAAUGAAAAAGCUUAUUCGUUCUCAGCUUACUCCUCCUCCUCCUCCUUCUUCGCAAAAAACUCAACUGGAAAAGCUAGGUAGCGGUACUAUAUCUUGAGUCUCGCUAAAACUUUAUCGCUGUAAUAUUUAGCAGCGUGUUUGUAUAAAUACUUCUCAUAAUAUAGACAUUGUCUUAAACUACUAUUACUUGGAAUGGCGCGCGCGUAAGAGAAUCCAAGUUCUAAUUAUUUCUUAAUUUUCACAUGAUUCUUGUAUAUAAUCACAAAAAGUAAUGAUAAAUGAAGAAUGUUUCUUUCGUUGUACUGAGAGUACGCACGUGUAACAUUUUUAGCAUUGUAAAUUGUACUUUCUUGUAAAGAUUUCAGAUAUCUUUAAGUGACAAUGUAAUUUAUACUUGGUGAUAAAAAGAAAAAAAAAACAGAAAAGAUAAAGGAAGUAAAACAUCCGACUGUAUUAUAAUAGAAUAUAUAGAGGAGAAAAAGAUUCAUUACAGCUUAGUUUAUUAGUAUACUAUAAAAGUCUCGCUGCGAUUUUGUAGCGAUUGGUAUAAACAAAAGAAAUAGGCAGUCAAGUCAGAGGUAAAAAAAAAAAAAAAAAAAAAAGAAAAAAAAAUGGAAUUAAUACUGUGAAUGCGUCGUACUUUGCAAGGUGACGACCUGAUUACAUAUUAGACUUAAGGAAUUCUUCGUUUAAUGGUAUGCUCUACUGUAAUAUUUAAGUUGCGUGCCUGUAUUUUGUAUGAUCGAGUGAGUCCGAAGAAGGAAAUAAACAAAAUAUUCCUUGCUACGAA